AUGACUUACAAGACUUGCCUAGGAAACACGUCGAUCCAUGCUCUUCACCCCGAAAUCUUGGGGUUAAUAUUCAAGAUGAAUGCCGGGGUACUGAACGAUUCUGACGAAUGGAAUACCCCGGGCGGACGAAUCUGGUGCGAUAGAGCGCUAGGAAAUACAAUUUCCACAUCCCACAUUUUCAAUGCAUGGCGGACGGCCAUCCUGCGCUCUCCAUCCUUGUGGGGAGGACUCAUCGACGUCGAUUAUCUCAUGCGUCUGGAUGCUGCCGGAAGGGACGAGGUCCUUCGACGGGCUGGUGAUGCACUUUCAUCCUCUGAUUCGCAGCUUUUCGUUGUCUCCUUGCUCUUCGAGAAUUGGAAGCGUAUCAAACAUUUCCACAUCACUAUUGGCGAGGAGCUGUUUUCCAAGGCCGACUGGGAACCUCUCUACUGGCCCGCCAAGUAUCUCCAAUUCUUCAGCCUCACGAUCAAUACACGCACCUGGAACCCCAAUCCCGUCGUUUUAGAAGGUCAACUCUUCAGCAACGACGCCCCGCAGCUCCAGGUCUUCGAGUCAAAUCUCUUGCUCCACUUGGACACCUCCGCGACCUGGUUAGCCCACUUGCGGCGUUUAUGCCUUCGUGAAACAUCUCGCAGAAUGAUUCCCCUUGGAUCCCUAUUAGACGCCGUAAAAGUGAUGCGCCAAUUGGAAUCUUUGCUCCUCACAUUCACAGCCGUCGAAGCACCAACCACCGACGUAACGCCUGUUUCCAUUGUUGAAAUGCCGUCACUCCUACACAUCGGGAUCAGCGGUGUUCAGGUCAUGCGGGCGAUAGACUUCCUCGACCACCUAAUCCCCAGCCGUGGAUGUGGUCUACAGGCAAAACUCACGGUUGACCCGUCAUUCAAGGAUUCCGUCGAAGCAGAGCACUUCCAGAACACGCUGGCCAGAUACGCGCGGAAUUGGUUCGAGCACAACACCCAUUGUCACUCGCUUUAUAUCACCGUUUCGAACCACGUUCUCCGGAUUCAUCAAGAGUCGAUCCCUCGUAGCCUACUCCGCCCCCUUGCGAUCGACUUUAGAACCUUCCAGAGCCACCCAGUAAUCGUCGACAAGUACUUCCUGCUCUUCGCGAUCCUCUCAGAAUGCGAUCUAACCAACGUGGAAAACCUCGGCCUUUCCCUCAAGAUAACGGAAACGUCUGUCCCGCUUAUCUGGUAUUUCUUUCGGCCAGCAUUCCCAAAUGUUGAGCUCCUCUGCACAAGCGCCCAGACGUUGGAAUUGAUCACUCCAUACGACCCCAGUGAAGCACCCUUAUUCCCGAAGCUGAUCUACGGUACCUCGUAA